AUGACCUCAUUUGUUUUUGCAUUCGGUACAAGCUUCAGCACAGUAUCUGGAGCUUUAAUGAUGUUCGAUGUCUCUUUCCGACUAUGCUCUCUGAAAUUAUUAUCAAGCUGCCAUGCAUGUCAGGCCAUGUUGAACCAUCAGACCAAAUGUAUUCACCCAAAUUUGCCACCUUUCGGUGAAGCAGACUCAAAGACUCAGGACAAGGGCAUUAUUGUCUUUUCCGAAGAACCUAGCCUUCUCAUGAUGUACCAGGAGGAGGAUAGCUUCAGUUUUGUCAUUUUUGCCUCCAGCGAUGUGUCAGGGAAGAGGUGGCUGCAGGCGAAAGCCUGCGCACACUUCCUGGAGACGAGCCUGGAAGCCAAGAAUGCCUGUGUCCUGCUGUCGCAGAGCCGGCUGUUUGAGGAGCCCAAGCUGACCCAGUGCUGCUGGGAGGUCAUUGACGUGCAGGGGGAGAUGGCCCUGUGGUCCGAGGGCUUCUGCGAGAUCGACUGGCAGACCCUGGAGGUCAUCGACACGGAGGCCCUCAACACCAAGGAGGUGGUGGUCUUCGAGGCCGUGCUCAACUGGGCUGAGGCCGAGUGCAAGCGGCAGGGCCUGCCCACCACCCCGCGCAACAAGAGGCAUGUCCUGGGGCCGGCCCUCUACCUGGUCCGCAUUCCGACCAUGACCCUGGAGGAGUUUGCCAACGGCGCUGCCCAGUCGAACAUCCUGACGCUGGAGGAGACCCACAACAUUAUCCUGUGGUACACGAAGGCCAACAAGCCCCCGCUCGACUUCCUGCUGACCAAGAGGGGAGGCCUGGCCCCGCAGAGGUGCCACCGCUUCCAGUCCUCGGCCUACUGCAGCAACCAGUGGCGCUAUCGGAGGCGCUGCGACAGCAUCCAGAUUGCAGCGGACAGGAAGGUGUUUGUGGCGGGGCUGGGCCUGUACGGAUCCAGCUCCGGGAAAGCCAAGUACAGUGUGAAGAUCGAGCUCAAGCGCCUGGGAGUGGUCCUCGCCCAGAACCUGACCAGGUUCGUGUCCGAUGGCUCCAGCAGCACCUUCCCGGUCUGGUUCGAGCACCCGGUGCAGGUGGAGCAGGACACCUUCUACACGGCCAGCGCCGUGCUGGACGGCAGCGAGCUCAGCUACUUCAGGCAGGAGGGCCUGAUGGAGGUGCAUUGUGGGAAGGUGACCUUCCAGUUCCAGUGUUCCUCCGACAGCACCAACCGCACCGGGGUGCAGGGCGGGCAGAUCCCCGAGCUCAUCUUCUACGCCUGAGGCCGUGGGCGUGCGGGCACUGGGGGGAUGGAGGGCCGGACCCUUUCUCCUUGGCAGGACAGGCUUCAGGACUCCUAAACUUUUGUGCACAGCUGGCUGUAGCCAGAGGUAUAAAUGAGACGUUUCUACAUGGCCAGAGCCCGGUUCUGAAUACAGGAGGCUGGGCCUCAUCACAUCUCCUGCAUAUUGGGAUGCACACUAAGGUGGAGGGCGGAUUUGGGGGUGGAGGGCAGCCCAGACCCCACCAGUGGUGCCCACACCACCUGCUUUAUGGGCUUGGCCGUCCCUCCCACCCUCCUAGAUUUUGUUCUGAGUUGUUCUAAGCUUAAGACCUUCCCUCCAAAUCUAAAACC